CUUGCAGCCGCCGGCACCGGUGCCACGAGAGAGAGAGAGAGAGACAGAACACGAGCGCGCGCGUCUCCUGGGAGUCAGCUGUCCCCGGCCAUGGGGCGUGUUCUGAUGAGCAGCGCCGUCGCUGCUGUGCUGCUGCUGUCUGCUCUGGGCUCCGCCCCCGUCUACAACGUCACAGAGUACGUGAGCUCCGCCGUGGCCGACGCGGACCUGAGGGGGAGGGCGGCGGUCGCCCUGGACGCGGAGCGGCGCGCCCAGGACCCGGACAACAGGUGGGGGCCGUGCCCGCCCUCCCGGCAGGGGGGUCCCUGCCCCCCCGGCAGGUACCGCACCCACGACGGCGCCUGCAACAACGUGCGGCACCCGCGCUGGGGGGCCCGCGGCGAGCCGUUCCGCCGCCUGCUGCCGCCCAGCUACGCCGACGGGACCAGCGAGCCGCGACGAGCGCCGCCCGCUGACGAGGCGUGGGCCGCGCUGUCCCCCGCCUGGCCGCCGCUGGCGAGGCACGGCUUCGUGACAGGGCUGGCGGGGGCCUGGGGCGAGCUGCUGCGGCGCGACAUGGCGCUGCCCGCGGCUCCCGAGAACCUGCAGUGUUGCCACAUUGAGCACCCGGAGUGUGCUUCUCUGAAGGAGGAAGGAGGCUGCGUCCCGUACCAGAGGUCUCUUCCCAGCACCGACAAACACUGCUCGUUUGACCAGCGGCAGCAGAUGAACACGGCCUCGGCCUUCCUAGACGGCUCGGCACUGUACGGCGGCUCCGAGGCGGACAUCUUCUCCUUGCGGACCGGCGACGGCGGGCAGGUCAACUUGGACGCCUGCGUCACAUGCCGGGAGCGGACGGGGCUGGGCGCGCUCUUCUCCGUGCUCCUGAGGGAGCACAACCGGCUGGCGCUCCAGCUGUCGGCGCUGAACCCCGGCUGGGACGACGACACGCUGUUCCGCGAGGCGCGCAAGCUGCUGGUCGCGCAGCUGCAGCUGCUCACCUACAAGGAGUUCCUGCCCACCGUCCUGGGCGACGAGGCCGUGCACAGGCUGGGGCUGGAGCCCAAGGCGCAGGGCUUCUACAACGGCUACUCCAGCUCCUACAACGCAGGGGUGUUCAACAGUGUGGCCACCGCCGCCAUGAGGCUCUUCUCCACCAUGAUACCUGACUCCCUGAGGGAGCUGGGCGCGUCCCACAACCGGAGCCACGCCGAGCUGAUAGACUCCUUGCUGCGGGAGCCCGCGAUGGAGCCCAGCCUGGGAAGUCUCCGGCCAGGCGGGGGCAGAGCGGGGCCCGUGCUGAUCCAGGCGGGGCGGGACCACGGCCUGCCCGGCUACACCGAGUGGUUCCAGCACUGCGCCGCCUCGCUGGGCCACGGCGCCGGCAACCUCACCGCCUGGAGCCUCCGGAGGGAACUGCUGCAGCGAGCCUACAGCCGCCCCGAGGAGGUGGACCUGGUGGUGGGCGCCUCUCUGGAGGGCCCGGCCCCCGGCGCUGUGCUGGGGCCGACCCUCUCCUGCCUGCUGGGGCGCCAGUUCGCGCUCGCCCGCGACGGCGACCGCUUCUGGUUCGAGAACGACAUCCCGCCGUCCUCCUUCACGCCAGCCCAGCUGCAGGAGGUGAGGAAGGUGACUGUGGCCGGCCUGCUGUGCCUCAACACCCCGGGGCUCGCCACCGUGCAGUCCCGCGCCUUCGUGCAGGAGGACCCCUUCCUGAACGUGCGCAUCCCGUGCGAGCUGCAGCCGGCGCCAGAGCUGCGCGCCUGGCGGGACGACACUGCGGCGGGCGUCUCCAACGAGAUGGUGGCAGAGGCCGUGGAGAGAGCCGGCGAGGCACUCAAGCGGCGGCGGCAGAAAGAGUACGAGCUGUGGACUGCGAAGGGAGGACUGGACCCCAAGUCCCCGGCGGGAUCGGCGGCGUCCUUCAGCAAGGCCACCAAGGAGGCUCUGGUCCUCGCCAACACCUCCAUGCUGCUGGAGUUCGCCUCCGAGGAGCUCCUUAACUCCAUAUUCAGCAAGGAGCCGACGCGCUUCCGGCGCCAGGCGUUCAAGACGACGCGGGCGGUGGUGUUCGGGGGCGACGGCGCGGUGGACGACCUGUUCGGCAACGCGCUGCAAGGGCUGGACGUGAGCGCGUUCGUGCCGCGCGAGCCGGACCUGCCCCAGUGCGACUCCCCCGAGGAGCGGCUGCCCUGCAACCCCGCCUACCCCUUCCGCACCAUCAGCGGUAACUGCAACAACCUGCGGCGCCCGCGCAUGGGCCGGGCGCUCACCACCUUCGGCCGCCUCCUGCCGCCCGCCUACGAGGACGGGGUGUCCAGACCUCGGGUGACCUCGGUAGCCGGGGGCCCGCUUCCGUCGCCCCGCCAGGUGUCCACCAUGAUCCACGUGGACAUCAGCGACCUGCACAGCCGCUACAGCAUGAUGCUGAUGCAGUUCGCGCAGUUCACGGACCACGACCUCACCUUCACGCCAGUGCACAAGGGGUUCUUCUCGUCCAUCCCGGACUGCCGCAGCUGCAGCUCGGCGCGGACCGUGCACCCGGAGUGCAUGCCCAUCCCGGUGCCCGACGGGGACCACUACUACCCGCAGUUCAACCACUCCAGCGGCGAGCGCAUGUGCUUCCCCUUCAUGCGGUCGCUGCCCGGGCAGCUGACGCUCGGUGCGAGGGAGCAGAUCAACCAGAACUCGGCGUUCCUAGACCUAUCGCAGGUGUACGGGGAGCACGCGUGCAUGGCGCGGGGUCUGCGGGCCCCCGGCGGCCGCCUCAACGUCUCCCGGGGGCUGACCCGGGGCAAGGACCUGCUGCCCCGGUCGCCCGUCCACCCGGAGUGCCGCGCUCCGUCGGGCUACUGCUUCAUCGCAGGUGACGGACGGGCCAGCGAGCAGCCGGCGCUCACGGUCAUGCACACGCUCUCCAUGCGCGAGCACAACCGGCUCGCCGAUGGGCUGCGGCUCGUCAACCCUCAGUGGGACGAGGAGCGCGUGUUCCAGCACGCGCGGCGCGUCCACACCGCGAUGCAGCAGCACGUCACCUACAACGAGUUCCUGCCGCGCCUGCUGGGCUGGGCCGCCGUCAACCGCUACGACCUGAAGCUGCGGCCUCACGGUUACUAUAACGGUUACAACCCGCAGUGCAACCCGAGCAUCGUGAACGAGUUCGCAGCAGCGGCAUACCGCAUCGGCCACAGCCUGCUGCGGCCGCACAUCCCGCGCCUGAGCGCCAGCUACCAGCCUGUGGACCCGCCUAUCCUGCUGCGCACGGGCUUCUUCAACCCCGACGCGCUGCUCCAGCCGGGCAUCGUGGACGAGGUGACGCGCGGCCUGGCCUCCACGCCCGUCGAGAACAUGGACCAGUUCAUCACGGGCGAGGUCACCAACCACCUGUUCGAGGACAAGAAGAUACCGCACUCCGGCAUUGACCUCAUCUCCCUCAACAUUCAGAGAGGAAGGGACCACGGCCUGCGGUCGUACAACGACUACCGAGCGCUGUGCAACCUGAAGAGGGCGGAGACCUUCGACGACCUGUCGCGGGAGAUGUCGGCGGAGACGAUCGCGCGGUUCAAGCGCAUCUACGCCUCCGUGGAGGACAUCGACCUGUUCCCGGGGGGCAUGAGCGAGCGGCCGGUGCAGGGGGGCCUGGUGGGCCCCACGUUCGCCUGCAUCAUCGGCACCCAGUUCCGCCAGCUGAGGAGGUGCGACCGCUUCUGGUGA